AUGGCCAAGCAAAAGCGCGGUGCCCCCGGUGGCAAGCUCAAGAUGACCCUCGGUCUGCCUGUCGGCGCUAUCAUGAAUUGUGCCGACAACUCGGGCGCCCGCAACCUGUACAUCAUCGCCGUUAAGGGUGCUGGUGCUCGCCUCAACCGCCUGCCCGCUGGCGGUGUCGGCGACAUGGUCAUGGCGACCGUCAAGAAGGGCAAGCCUGAGCUGCGGAAGAAGGUCCAUCCCGCCGUCAUCGUCCGCCAAGCCAAGCCGUGGAAGCGCUUCGACGGUGUUUUCCUCUACUUCGAGGACAACGCUGGUGUGAUUGUCAACCCCAAGGGUGAGAUGAAGGGGUCGGCCAUCACUGGCCCUGUUGGCAAGGAGGCUGCUGAGCUGUGGCCCCGUAUUGCCAGCAACGCUGGUGUUGUCAUGUGA